UUGGACUGUACGGAAGAGGCGUCGCUCAUCCGGCGCGCGCUGUCCGGCCGCGAGGGCGUCUACGGGGUGUCGUUCCACGUCGUCGACGGCCGGAUGACCGUGGAUGCCGACACCGACACGUUCGGUCCCGCGCAGGUAGCCAGGGCCGUCGCACGUCUCGGGAUGCGCGCCGAGCCGCUGAAGCAGGCGGCCGCCCAGGUCGAGUCGUGGUGGGAGCGGAACGGCCGCCGCGCACUGGUGGCGGCGAGCGGUCUCGCACUUGUCGGUGGGCUGCUGCUCCACGUCGUGGUGGCCGGCGGCGGCUUCGUGGAGCUCGUGCUGUCGCACAGCCACGGCGAGCACGGGGUCGACUAUCCCGUAGUCGCGCUGCUCCUCCUCGGCAUCGUCGCCGGCCUCUACCAUUCCGCGCCCAAGGCGGUCGGGUCGCUGCGGCGCCUGCGGCCGGACAUGAACGCGCUGGUGAUGGUUUCGGUCAUCGGCGCCGUCUUCCUGGAGGAAUGGGCGGAAGCCGGCACGCUCGCCUUUCUCUACGGACUGUCGGGCCUCGUCGAGAACUGGAGCGCCCAGCGGGCGCGCAGCGCGAUCGGCUCGCUGCUGCGCAUCUCGCCCGCGAGCGCGUCGGUGGUGCACGGCUGA